AUGCAACUCGCCCUUCAAAAGGUCCAUCACAUCGGAGCGACAUCGCAACUGAGAAUUGUGGGAGACGCCCUGCCUUUUAACAACUAUCCGAGAGAAGCGCGCGGGAAGCAGCUGCUGCUGGUGGACCGAGCCACCCGGAUGUCCAAGGAAGCCCUGAGCGACCUGAAAUCUCGCGAGGGACCCAAGAUUCCGGACUUCGACAAGCGUGUUGGCGAAGUGCAGCAGCACAUGGAAGCCCUACAGACGGUGAGGAAUGAAGUCGAAAAGGCCGGACGCCCCAGCGCAGAGCAGGCCGCAUGCAUAUGGGCCGUCAUCUCCGCCGACUCCCGCGUUUCCAACGCGACAUACGGCUCGGGGCACGUGUAUCGGUGCCCCAACGGCCACGUGUACAUCAUCGGCGAGUGUGGGAGGGCGUGGGAGGAGGCUCGGUGCGCCGAAUGCGGCGCCACCAUCGGAGGGCGGAAUCACAAGCUGGCCUCAGGGAACGCUGCGGCCGACGACAUGUUUGAGGAAGUGAGGGACCUGGCCAUGGGUAGAACAAAGGCCUCAGACGCCCCUGGUGAUAUCUCCACCGAUGUCAGCGCGGUAGAGUAG